GGUCGGAACGGAAAGAUAUUUUUGCUUGCCCUUUGCCGUCACAGGUGGCUUAAUUUAAUCCUCCCCCUCCAGUGUGCGUUCGUUGCCCACCAUGCGUAGUUGCGUCCUGGUUGUGGUGUAGCUAUCCGACCCUGCGCCCGGCGGACAGACGCACGCACGCAGAGCAGAGCAGCGCCAUCGCCAUUGAUGGAGAGCGGGCACGCGCGGAGCUCGGUGGUUUUCAUGCUGCUGCUGGUCGUGGUGGUGGUGGUGGCGUCGGCGGGCUCGUCCUCGCGGGCGGCGUUCCUGGAGGACGGCGUGGUUCUGGGCGCGGCGGCGAGGCUGGGCAAGGGCGCGAACGCCAGCGGGCGGGGCGGGCCCGGCUGCGACGUGGACGUCGCGGCCGUGGUUGGCGACGGGAGGCGCGGGUGGAAGGAGGAGAUCGCGGGGCUGGCGGGGCGGCCGGAGAUGGCGGCGUGGCUGCGGCGCGUGCGGCGGCGGAUCCACGAGCGGCCGGAGCUGGCGUACGAGGAGGUGGAGACGAGCCGGCUGGUCCGCGACGAGCUGGACGGCAUGGGCGUGGGGUUCCGGUACCCGCUCGCGCGCACCGGCAUCGUCGCCACCAUCGGCACCGGCCGCCCGCCCGUCGUCGCGCUCCGGGCCGACAUGGACGCGCUGCCCAUCCAGGAGGCGGUGGAGUGGGAGCACAAGAGCAAGAACCCCGGGAAGAUGCACGCGUGCGGCCACGACGCGCACGUCGCCAUGCUGCUCGGCGCCGCCAGCAUCCUCAAGGCCCGCGAGCGCCACCUCAAGGGCACGGUGAAGCUCCUGUUCCAGCCGGCGGAGGAGUCCGGCGCCGGCGCGAAGCGCAUGAUCGAGGAGGGCGCGCUGGAGGGCGUAGAGGCCAUCUUCGCCGUCCACGUCUCGCACCAGCACCCGACGUCCGUGAUCGGCUCCCGGACGGGCCCGCUGCUCGCCGGCUGCGGCUUCUUCAAGGCCCAGAUACUCCCCCGCCGCGCCGGCGGCGACCCCGUGCUGGCCGCCUCGUCCACCAUCAUCAGCCUGCAGAGCCUCGUGUCCCGGGAGGCGGACCCGCUGGACUCGCAGGUGGUGUCCGUCGCCAUGGUCGACGGCGUCGACCCGGCGGCGGCGGCGGCGGCGCCGCUGGUGCUGGGCGGCACGUUCCGGGCCUUCUCGAACGCGAGCUUCUACACGCUGCGGCGGCGGAUCGAGGAGGUGAUGACGCUGCAGCCGCGGGUGCACGGCUGCGAGGCCACCGUGGACUUCUUCGAGAACCAGAGCUUCUACCCGCCCACGGUGAACGACCCGCGCAUGUACGCGCACGUCAGGGCCACGGCGCGCGCGCUGCUGGGCGACGCCGCCUACCGCGACGUGCCGCCGAUGAUGGGCGCCGAGGACUUCUCCUUCUACUCCCAGGCCGUCCCCGCCGGGUUCUACUACGUCGGCGUGCGCAACGAGACGCUGGGGUCCGUCCACACGGGACACUCUCCCUACUUCAUGAUCGACGAGGACGUGCUCCCCACCGGCGCCGCCGUCCACGCCGCCAUCGCCGAGAGGUACCUCGCCGGCGGCGCGGCGCAGUACUCUGACCCGCGGUCGCCGGAACAGGAGCUCUGAACUCGUGAUCGACCGAGACGCUGUUGAAUUGAUGGAUGGACUGGCGUUGCGGCCGUGAGGGUGGCGAGAUCGGCGUCUCGCGCGCGCGGGAACCAGUGGUUUUUCGGCCGAUCACGCCGUGAUCUGGGCUGUUGUUUUUCUCCGUUCUCGUGUUGGCUCUGUAACUUGUUGAUACGCGCGGUCUCGGUUUGGUUCCUGGGGGUUUUGCUGCGACGGCGGGAAAACAUGUAACUUGGUCACCGUCUUUUGCCCUCACAUGCAGAUGUGAUGGAGAUAGAGAAUUGCUGCCAAA